AUGUCUUGCGGAAAUGUUGGCAUCUUGGUAUCACUGGCAAUUCUUGUAAGUGGUAGCUUAAGCUUGUCUCCAUCAUGCAAUCGACGUCAUGGGCUUUGUGCUGCUCCCUGGAAGAAAUGGGGUGGAUCUUGCUACCUCAUCACCCAAAAGCCUCUGACGUACGACGACGCCAGUGAAGCCUGCCGUGGACUGGGAGCCAAGAUGGCAGCGCCGCACUCUGACCAGGAAAACGACUUCCUGGCAAGCCUGGCCCAAGGCAGUGCGAUUUGGGUGGCUUGCACCGAUCGCAGGCAGGAGGGUGAGUGGGAGUGUGAAGGGUCUCAAGACGGUCAAGGAAUCUACACCAACUGGAGAGAGGGCGAGCCAAGUAACGGAGGGCAUGAGGACUGUGUCUUUUUACGGCCAAUAGAUCUGAAUAAGUGGAAUGAUGUACCGUGUAAGAUUGCGGUGCGGGCGGUUUGCGAGCGAUCACCUUCUGGAUCCUGCUUCACUACCAACAACGAAGGGCGGCUGGAAGUUGACUCUUGUCUCUAA